GGAAAACGUGGUGAAAAUUGGUGACAAUGUUUGGCAAGCAUACCCUUCUCGUCUUGGGGUCAAUUCGACGAAUCAACGGAAACGAAUUUCAACAGUGUCGUGUGGGCCAUUGACCAUCUCCCCGCACUACGACAGAGAACCAAAGCGAAGGGUUAAUUGUAAGCAAGGUCAAGUUGGCGUGGUGCAUGACAGAGCCAGUGGUGAAGACGAUGAAAAGAUAAAAACAGUAGAGACUGCGACAAAAACUGCAGAGAAAGACGCAACUGUAGAGAUUGAGAUAACAACAAGAGAAGAAGACGCGAAGACACUAACUCUUGAAGAGGUUGUGACAGAUUGUUCCAACGGUGAGACAAUUGUGACAGCGGAGACGAUUGUCAGUGCUGAUGGUUGUGACGAAGAGACCAUUGUGACAACCAAACAGAUGGUGACUGAAUGGGACGGCGACGAAAAGAUUGUGACGACGGAGAAAAUCGUUGGGGAUGAUGGGAAUGAGUGCGAGACGAGGACUGAAACGGUUGUGAAGAUAGACAGCACUGAAGACAAAGACACUGAGAAGGUUGUGACAAAGAUUGAUCGCACGACGAGCAAGAUUAUCGUGGAGGUGGAUGCUGUGAAUAAAUCCACAUCGCCGAGGAAGGAUAAUUUGAAUGAUAGUAUUGACCGGGAAGAGCAGAAAAGGGAGGCGUUUCGAUAUUUUGAAAAGUUGGGCAGAGAGGCAUCUCUUGAGGGUUUGAAAUUGAGAAGUACACCAGAUAAAUCUGCUGUUGUUAAGGAGGACAAGAUAGUUCCUUCAAAGGCCCAGAGGCCAAAGUCAGGGGUUUCAAAUUUGUUUACCGGUACGAGGGACGUCUUCACUGGAUUACGUAAAGUCUCACCAAGUCAUAAAUCGCAGACUUUGGACGCCAAAAAGAUGAAUCGUUAUGAUGUUAAAUCGACUGGGGACAUUAGCCAUCCCCGGCAUAUGGAGGAUAUGACAUAUGCGGACAGUGAUCCAUCACUGCGUGUCACUUUAACUGGUAUGACAGCUGGGGAUUGGCGGUACAGUCCUACGGGGUCAUCCUCCACCGAUACCAGUUUGUACGGUGCACGGUCACCGCGCUCACCAAUCAGAACAAACGGCUCGUUUAAUCCGUCUAGUGUGUUGCGACGACCGUCUCCAAACUCGUCAAACGUCAGCUUGGAAAUCCACAAUGCUAUCGACACCUUGGACAGUGCAAUAGCCCUCAGUAGUCAAAGUUCAGUCGAUUCGGGGCUAAGUUCAGACCCAGCUCGCCAACAUGGACAUUUUGUUGUCGUGGCCAUCGAUUUCGGAACAACCUAUAGCGGAUACGCGUUCAGUUUUACAAGGGAUCCGUCAAGUGUUCACAUGAUGCGUAAAUGGGAAGGUGGCGACCCUGGUGUGAUAAAUCAGAAGACACCAACGACGCUUCUUCUUUCGCCCGACGAAAGGUUCCACUCGUUUGGAUUUUCUGCCCGGGAUCAUUUCCAUGACCUUGACCCCCAGGAGGCAAAGAAAUGGUUGUAUUUUGAGAAGUUCAAGAUGCUCCUCCACCACAACCCGGAAUUGAAUGAAAAAACCAUGAUUCCCGCGAGCAAUGGAAAGGAGGUCCCAGCCGUGAAUGUCUUUGCCCAUUCCUUGAUGUUCUUCAAGGAGCACGCUCUCCAGGAACUGAGCGACCAGUCGACGAUUAAGAUACUUAACGAGGACGUGCGAUGGGUGAUCACAGUGCCAGCAAUCUGGAAGCAACCAGCCAAACAGUUCAUGAGGCAGGCUGCCUAUAAGGCAGGGAUAGCGAACCCUGAAUUCCCCGACCAGAUCCUCAUUGCCCUGGAACCGGAGGCUGCCUCCAUUUACUGCCGCAGACUACGCAUGUAUCAACUUGUACCGGAGGCCCCUGUGAAGCGCCCUCUAUCGCCAAGAAAAGAUAACCAGGAGCCGAUGAAUAUGGACUUUGUUUGUGAGGAGUUGCGACAAGAUCUAACCCACUAUGCCAAAUAUGAUAUAAGCAAAAUACAGGGAGAACGGGUAGAAAAUAUUGUUCGAGGCACCUGUUACAUGGUUGUCGAUUGUGGUGGAGGAACAGUGGAUAUCACUGUGCAUCAGCUGGAUGAGAGUGCCGGAAAGCUUCGAGAACUCCACAAAGCUACAGGAGGACCACAUGGAUCUGUUGGGGUUGACCAAGAGUUUGAGAGACUUCUCAUCAGGAUAUUCGGUCAAGAUUUCGUUGAUCAGUUCAAGUGCAAGCGUCCCGCUGGAUUCGUGGACCUGAUGAUUGCUUUCGAGUCCCGCAAGAGAGCUGCCAGCCCAUUCAAAGAGAAUCCUCUAAACGUAUCGCUUCCAUUUUCCUUCAUUGAUUACUACAAGAAGUCGAAGGGUUGUCCCGUUGACGUCGCCGUCCGACGCUACAACGAGAAGUAUAACGACAAGGACGUGCGUUGGUCAUCGCAGGGGAUGCUGCGUUUGAACCCAGAGACGAUGCGGCGACUGUUUCAGCCAACGCUUGAGAAGAUUAUGGAAGCCGUCGGACGAGUCCUUAAUCACCCCGACGCUAAAGGUACGCAGUAUGUGUUCCUGGUGGGAGGUUUUGCAGAAUCCCCAAUUUUACAGCACGCCCUGAGGAAAGAGUUUGGCCACAUUGUGAAGCUGAUUAUUCCCCAAGACAUGGGCCUAACAAUCCUGAAAGGUGCAGUACUCUUUGGACUUGACCCAACCAUCGUAAGCCUCCGCAAAUCUCGCCUGACCUAUGGUGUCGGUGUGCUAAAUCGUUACAACAACAAAAAGCACCCAAAGGAAAAACUCGUUAAGCGAGACAAAGUCGAAUGGUGCACAGACAUCUUUGAUAAGUUUGUCUGCGUGAAUCAAGCAAUCGCGCUCGGAGACACAGUCCUACGUAGCUACACGCCAGCAAAAUCGGGUCAGAAGCAAAGCGUCAUCAACAUCUAUUGCACCGAUCGAGAGAACGCGGAAUUCAUCACGGAUCGUGGCGUCAAGAUUUGCGGAACGCUCAUCUUAGAUUUGACGGACACUCAGUAUCAGACGCUCCCGAAGCGGAGGGAAAUCCAAGCGAGAAUGCUGUUUGGCGACACCGAGAUCAAAGUUAGCGCACUAGACGUCGCCACUGGUCGGUGCGUCAAAGCUGCCAUUGACUUCUUGAAUAAAUAAUGAAGAAAUGGACAAUGGCCAUGUUUGGGUUUCCAACCUUAACCUCUUGAAUCCCGGUGACCGACCAGUCGGUCUCCGUGAUAUUUUCAUUCCCUUGAGCUGGGACGCUAGUUUAUUGCUUGUUUUAGCAUGUUUGAUGUACAGUAGGGUCAGUUAGAGCAUACCUGGGUAGAUGGCGCCUCGGUACCAGACUCUGGCGGUUGUUUGCGGGCGCUAUACAUCGUGAAAGUCAGACCCAAUUUCGCAACCACGUGACCACCCUGGGAUCCCGGGAUUUUCAAGUUUUGGGAUUCAAGAGGUUAAUACUGGUUGGAGUGGAUUCUGGUUAUUGGCACUUUGUAUACAAAUAUAUAUCAUUACUUUAAGCACUCAUUGUUUUGUACUGGUUAUUGAUUUUGCAAUUUACAGGAUUAAGAUUUAAGGGGAGACUAUCGGCAGGAGUUAAUUUGGUUAUACAGUAGAAUCUCUCUAUUAAGGACACCCUUGGGACUGACAAAUGCUGUCCUGAAUUGAGAGGUGUCCUGAUUACAGGGGUUCAUUUCAAUGGAAACAAUCACUUUGGGACCAAAUGCACUGUCCUUGAUAGAGAGGUGUCCGCGAAGGGAGGUUCCACUGUAUUAGGUUACACGAUGUCACUGGCUGGUGUCUCAAUACCUAAACAGAAUGCACUGACACGCUUUACCACAAUGCCAAACCAGACCAAGUAUCCUAACUACGCAUAUCAGUCACCUAGAGACCGCCUACCUGACUUCUCUGUCCUCACCUAUAGUCUCCCUUUUAAGUAUGUACCCAUGUAGAAACUUUGCAUUCGACCAAUGAAUACAGACAAUAUUAUGUUACUCAUACAUGUAUGUGCUUUUGUACUAACUCCUUAUUAAAGGCCGACGCCGUUCGUUAAAAAUUUUGAAUUUGUAAUUGAAUUUUAAAAUGUCCAAUUGUGAAAAUACAUACUAAAUAUAAAUUUCAACUUUGCUGUUGUGUAAACCGAUAUAGAAUUACUAUAAAUACCAAACUUACAUUCACAAUAACUGCACUACGGCAUUGUGUAUUAGUGGAUUUCUAUUUAAAGGGACCACAAGUAAUUACGAACGGCAUACCCCUUUAAGGUCUAUGCAUAUUGUUUUGGUAUGAGGCCACUUUGGUCCAAUGGCCGGACUCUCAGCUAGUGGUCAAGAGGCUGAUUGUCCAAACCACACAGUCAGCAUGAGACACAGGCAGGUCUUUAAGUUUAACAGUGCCUUUCCAAACCAAGAUUGCUCUGGUUGUGGUACUGAUUUAGCAGCUCAUCUGAGGUCCACGAUACAUGUAGGUUUCAGGACGUAAAGUGUGAUGUCAGGAUGAUAGUCUCAACUGUAGUUCGUAAAAGACACGCCCAAACUUUUUAAAGAACGAGACGAAAAAAACCAAGCUGAAGUUUUUGUAAAUAGUCAUUUACUGUCAAUGCAAGAUAUAAAAGCUGUUUAUUAAGGCUUUUGAGAUUUGUAAAUGUGGAUUACACAUAAGAUUAUAUUACACAAAUGUGCUUUUUUGGUAUAUUCUCUGUAUUGACGUGUUCUGCUUCUUUUACUUUAUAUCUGCUGUCGGCACCCCUGGAGAAUCAAUUCCCCAAAUUGCCGAGCAUCUGGGGAAUUCAUUCUCCAGGGUGAAGAACGUCUCGAAAGAGACCAGGCAGAGUUUUUUGUAAAUAGUCAUUCAAGCUGUUUAUGAAGGCUAUUGAGGUUUGUAAAUGUGGAUUACACAUCUGAACAUAUAACAUAAAUGUGCUUUUUUUGGUAUAUUUUCUAUACAUAUUGACAUACAUUGUAUCCGCUGGGGGUAAAGGAGUGUUCAAAAAGAAUUUGCAAAUCGGAGAGGCAAAUGUCGUCCGCAAACGACCAAUUUUAAUCACGACAACCUGCGACAUAGCUGUGCCAACGUGAAGAGUGAUUCCGAUUUAACCAGUUGAUGGUCACUUUCCAAUCAGAAUCGUCAUGUUGGGUACAUUGGAGUUGCGGCAGACACAAGCUGCAGGUAACCGCGGCGCAGCUCCAAAAUCCUAAGAGGAGCUUAGAAGAAAUUUAAAAUGAAAUCCAUUCAUGUUCUAUAAUUUGGGAAAAAGAUAUUUAGCUUCAACUCAACUUAGAUUGCCCCUUCAUUAUCCAUGUGUAUAGUCCUUUCACCAAAAUACUUUUAAUACUCUGGUUAUCAUAUCUUGUUAUACAUGUACUAAUAAAGCUUCUAUAAUAAAACA